UUUAUAUUAAAAGAAGUUAAAACUUGACUUGGUUGAGGAAAUGGAAUGAAGUAAAUUUAACUCCAAGUUCUUAUCACAGUUUAGGGGUUUUACAAUUUAGGAAAUAGAUGGCAGGCCAUUAGCACAACAGUUUAUAUUUUUUAUAUAUAAAGUAUAGCGUAGGUAAAAGAUCAAUAUAGUCCAGCUCCAAUGUGUCUGAAACUACCAGAGUACGCAAAUAAUACCGUAUGAUCAGCCCAUCGUGCACACAGUGUGUGCCGAUCACUGUUACGAGUAAUAUAUUGUUGGCCCAAAUGUUUUUUUUAUAUUAAUAAUGGUUAACACACUGUCUAGCAGCUCACUACACUGUACCCUUUUAUCUGACCUAUCAAUAUUUGCCUCUCCCGUUAGAAUUUGAAUUCAGCUCAUUAUUGAGCUAGUGGUGAGUUGUGUGUGCAGUGAAUUAUGUGUCCCUGCUAAUAAGGCCAAAAUUCUUCUCUGUUAUAAGCACACCCCUGCACCCUUUGUUCUGCGAGUGAAAGACACCAUAGAGUUUCAUUAGUUGAACCUUUUCUUCCUGCUAGAGAGACUGCUCAUAGUGAGGCAGCUUUCCUUCUUCUUGGUGAGGUUAGGAGGGUGAGUAUUGGCGAGGCUAGAAAUGUGUGUUGCUCCCUUAGCCUAGGUGUGCACAAGAGACAACCGGAAAACCGAGCUCCGGACUGUCUGAGCCGGAAUACGUCGACGGAAUCGAUCCUCAACAGUGGUAUCAGAGACAGGGUCUGUCUUCGUCGUCGAUUUUGCUGGAUUUUGCCCUCCGCCGCCGCUCGCCGACGCCCGACGCCGCCCACCGCCGGUUGAAGCUAGUGGAUGCCUCGCCGAUGUACUCUGCCGGAACCUUUCGCUGCCUGAACCGCCAUUUGUCGUCGCUGGUUCAUCAUCUCUGACAGAGAUUGAAGCCACUGGAGGUUGUUGCUGAAACCGGAGGUCCUGGUCUUCGCCUGGCCAUCCAAUUCGAUGUUCUCUCGUCGCUUGGAAGUCGCCGUCCGCCAUCAAGGUCGCUGCUCAUCACCGCCUGAGGAUGUCGCCGGUUAGUAGCUCGACUUGCUGCUAGGGAUCGCUGGAGGCGUGGACCCUGAAGCCUGGUGGCCGAAACUGGAUUUCAAGUCUGCUUCACUGGACUCUAGGCUACUAAUCACGGUCUGACAUGCCUGGAAAAAGCUGGAAUUGAGCUGGAGCCUGGACGUAAGCAAUAUUGGACUGCUUUGUUGCUGGGUUUCGGGCUGCUCACUGUUGGGCUGAGUUUGGAACCCUAGUUGCUGGAUGCUGAAGCCUGUUGCAGGCUUGUACUCCUUGGGCGGGUGAGCUGGUCACACCUGAAGUAUAGUUGGAUGCCUAUGACUUGGUCAAAAUCAGUCAACAGUCAAUCAACAUUUCUAGAAAAAUCCUAAUUUUUAAAUUAGGUGGGUAAGGUCCAAACACUCUCCUAGUGUUUGGUUGUUGUAAGUCUUCUUUAUCCGAAAUUUCAGUUUAUGCUUUUCAAUUAUUUUAAAUUGUUAGAAUUUGUUGUUGAUUUAAUAUUUGCUAGAUUGUAUUUAUUUGAGCUACUGUUUAUUCCUAUAAAUAUUAAGUUGUUUUUCUAGAUAAAGUUGCAUUUUAUAUUUUCUUAUUUAGUUUUUUCUGUGUGAAAAUGCCUGCUUUUAAUCAGUAUGGAAUGACUCCAUUUAAUGGAAAAACUGAUUUUAGCAUAUGGAAACAGAAAAUAAAGUACAUAUUAAUUCAACAAAAAUCACAUAGGGCCAUUAGUGAGACCUAUUUGGCUUCCGAUAUGGAAGAGAAAAAAGAAGAAAUGAAUGAAAAUGCUUAUUCUACAAUUUACUUGAACUUAACUGAUUGUGUGCUCAGAAAAGUAGGAAUUUUAGAAUUAGCCAAAUCUUUAUGGAAUAAACUUGAAGAGAGCUUUAUAACGUAACCUUUUUGCCUAACCGGAUGUUUUUACUUGAAAAGUUCUUCAAAUUUAGACUAGAUAUGUCUAAGGAUAUUGAAGAAAAUCUAGAUGUUUUUACCAAACUUAUUUCGGAUAUUAAGUUGUGUGGUGAUAAGCAUAUAGAUGAUUAUUCCCCUAUUGCUCUUUUAAAUGCUAUUCCCGAUUCCUUUGGUGAUGUGAAAUCUGCUAUUAAGUAUAGUAGAGAUAAUGUGACUGUUGACAUUGUGGUAAAUGGUCUUAAGAGUAAGGAAUUAGAUUUAAAAUAGAUGGGUGAGGAUAGAAAAUCCGAGGAGGUUAUGCAUGUGAGGGGUAGAGAAAAUAAUAGCUCUAUUCUAAAAAUCGUUCUAGGCGUCCGCCUAGUCCCCGCCUAGGCGCUAGGCGGUGGUCGGGCGCCCCGAUUUUUGUCUAGGCGCUCCGACUAAUUGGUUUGCCGUCUAUGUGAAUUAGUCGGCCACCUAUGGCGCCUAGUUGCCCGCCUAGAGCGCCUAUUCGGCCGCCUAGGCCGUCUAGAUUUGCCAAACAUUACUUGACUUUUUAAUUUUAUUUUUCUAACGAUAUACGUACUUUAACUUUAGCCAUGAAUAUAAAGAAAUGAAGUUAUACAUUAAGAUAAUACUAUAUAUGUUUGUAUAUAUACCUAAAUUUUAUCAUUGUUUAUAUUUAUAACAUAUUGAAGUUAAGUGAUUAGUUAUCAUAUACGGAGUACUACUUAUGAUUAAAUGUGAUAAUUCUAUCAUUCAUGUUUGUUAAUGUGUGUGUGUAUUAUACACACAAAGGUACAAUAUUACUUAUCAUAUUUAUGCAAAAAUAUAGAUAAAUAUGCAAUUUUUGUAUCUCCGACUAGUCCCCGACUAGGCGCCUGCCUAGCCGCCUAGGCGCUAGGCGCUGGACUGACGCCCGACUAGCGCCUAGCGGUUUUAGGAGAUUGAAUAAUAGUAGACGACAUAGAUCUAAGUCUAGGUCUAAUUCGAGGCGUUGCUAGUAUUGUCAUGAACAUGGUCAUUUCAUAAGAGACUGUCCUAAAUCUAGGAAAAAUGAGCAUAGUGAGCAUGCUAAUUUGACUGCGUGUGAAGAUGAUUUAGGUGAUGUUUUUAUGAUUAGUAAUCUUUGUGAUUUUGACUACUUGAGUUCUGUGAUAUCUGAUUCUUUGGGUAAAUCAAAUUGGGUGGUAGAUUCUUGUUGUACUUUUCAUAUGUCCCCUUUGAAAAAUGUGUUUUCAAACUAUAGAGAGAUUGGGCAUAGCUUUGUGUCUUUAGCAAAUGAGAAGAAAUGCAAUGUGCUAGGAUUAGGAGAUGUAUGCCUUAGGUUCUCUUGUGGUUAUGUGCUUGCUUUGAAGAAUGUUAGGCAUGUUUCUGAGCUGUGCUGUAAUUUGCUAUCUUGUGCUUCCCUUGAAAAUGAGGGCUUGAAGAGAAAAUGGGGAAAGGGAAUCAUGAAAGUUGUUAAGGGUUGUUUAGUUGUUUUUAAAGCUGAGAUGAAAAACAACUUGUAUGUUUGUCAUGCUGAACCCGUACUUGAUUUUGUGAAUUGUGUGCAACCCUGUGUGCUAGGAAAACAGUCUAGAGUUGGUUUUCCUGAUCUCCCUAAGUGUACUGAUGUGAUUGAUUGUAUUCAUGCUGAUUUGUGUGGUCCUUAUAGUGUUUCCACUCAUGGUGGGAAAAAUUAUUUUCUAGCGUUGAUUGAUGAUUUUUCAAAGAAAGUGUGGGUUUUGUUGAUUGAGAAUAAAUCUGAAGUUUUUGAUAAGUUUAAAAACUGGAAAACCCUUGUUGAAAAACAAACCGGUAAGAAAAUAAUUUUUUUAAGGACCACUGUCAGUUUUGAUUUCUGUGAUGAUCAGCUUGGUGAUUUAUGUGAUACUUGGGGUAUUUCUAUGCAUAAAUAUAUUCCCUCCACACCCCAACCGGAUGGGGUUGCUGAGAGGAUGGUUAGAAUUUUAUUAGAGAGGGUGAGAGCUAUGUUAGCUUCAUCUGGGCCCUCCACACUGAAAAAUGUUUUUAUUUUUAGAAAAUAUGGUUUUUUGUGCAAAGCUUUCUAACCUAUUAUAGUAUUUGUUCAAUGUUAAGGCCAACACGCUUGAACUGAGAUGUGAUUCAAAUCUAUGGUCUCUUCUUUUGGAGUGCCACAGUGAUACCAUCAAACCACUAGCUUCGGGAUCUCUUGAAGCUCUGUUGGUGACCUUGUUGGAAUAUUGGAGUCUUCUUUCAUGAAGUGAUCGAUCACAAUUGAGAACCACCGUACAUAUAGGAUGUACUUCGCUUUCUUGUCAGUUGCUCAGUUGCUCUAGAAUUUCAGACCAAUGGGUAUGAGACUCCCUUCACAUUUAUGCAUAUAUAAUUCCUCUUGAUGGUUAGCUACAUGAUGAUAAUUAAUGAUUAAGAUUCAAGGACAAUUGUUGGAAAUAAUUCUAUUUUUCCUAUGACGUCAUGUUUUGUAUGCAUGGAGAUUUGUAUGUUAUUGUUUCGAGAGUUACAAAUCCAUCUCGCUUGAAGUUUGUGAUACAUGACAAUGAGGUAAAUAUGAAACAAAUCGAAAAUGCAUCAUCUAAGAGAAGGUGUUCAACAAUUGUAAUGUGUGUGCUUAUUAAACAUUUAAUAUUGAAUAUUCUUAAAUUACAAUUUCUAUCAUUUUUGUGAUAAAAAGUAAUAUGAUUUGAAAUUACGUUUAUAUAUUACUACCAUUGUCCACUAACAUUGGGAUAUGAGGAGGUGAUGUGGUUAUUAAGAAAAGUGAACGUAUGUGGUUGAUAUUAAAUUAAUAAAGUAAAAAUAAAGUAUGGAUGAUUUGAUAUGUAAAAGUCUUUGUGGAACGAACUGAAAAAAAGAUAUAAUCUUAGCCGGAUGAAGGGAAUAAUAUUUAUAAUAUUUGUAUUUUACACCCCGUGCAAUGCACGGGUGGAAUACUAGUAUGGAUCAAAUGAGAACAACUCUUAAAAUAAAUAAGAAUUAAUCGACCAUUGAUAUUAGACUUCCAUUCUUUAAAUACGGAUUGUGAUUAUGGGCAUUAUAGUAAUAACCCAGAGAUAGUUUAUUAUGGAAACUGCUUCUCACCGGUUAUGACUAAAAUUAUGAUCCCUUGUUUGUAGAGCAAUCAUUAUUGAAUAAUCUUCUCUCUUAUUAGAAUAGUAACUACCAUUUACUAUUAUUGGAUAUGUAUUUUGAUGGUAACGAUAGACCAUUCUGUUUUAUCUUGAUAAUGCCGGCCUAUGUGUCAUUUGCAACACACUUUUUAUAUACUAGUACACAUUAGUCUCAUGUAAUGCACUUCUCAUCAUCUUUACUCUUUAGCAACCUUUAAAAUAUCAUCUCUUGCACAAUAAUUUUUAUUAUUUAAUUUUUAUUAAUUAUUAUUGCACAAUCAUAAGUUACGAAUGCACAUGAGUUUAUUCAAGGUUAAUUAGAGUCACUCUACGAUAUAUUUUACACACUUUCAAUAUUCAGAUGCACGUUUUUCAUUAGUUAGGCUGAUAGGGCGGAAUUGGGAAUAGCCGCAAGUGUAAUUCAAUAUAUUUUACGUACACACUUUCAAUAUUGAAAUGCACUUUCAGGGUUUUGGAAUAAGUGUGAUGAGGGAACUCGUAAGAGCCGGAGGCAUCUUAAUGCCCAAAAAAAAUUCCUCGUACUGCCGAAUGUAGGUCCUCAGCUAUGGUGUCCCAGCAGGACCUAUAAAACAGACUGUUCAAUCCAUCCGGACAGAGGCGGAGCCAGAGCACUGGGCCGCACUGGACCGGGACAAAGAAUAUUUUUUGAAAAAAAUUUACACGAAAUUUUUUACCUUAAAAAUUAAACCAUUUUUAAAAUUUGGGGUGGGCCAUGGCCUAGAUUGGCCCACCCCUAGCUCCGCCCAUGCAUCCAGUCCCGGGCUGCUGUUCUGGCUUAGGGAGCAAACCGUGUCCUUAAUUUCCUACUAUUGUGGAAUUGUCGUAAGACAGAGAUUAUCAGCCGUAGUAAUCUAUCUCUAUAUAAAAAGAGGUGGAAAUUUUGGUGAGUUUCCUACCCAACAAUGGGCCAAAAAGUGAUGUAUUAGGCUGGGGUUAAUAGCGGCUCGGGUCUUCUAUUUGGGGGUCUGAAACAAUGCCCAAGAUGAUUUAGUACGGAGUAUUACCAUGACCAACAAUUUGUCCGAGAGUUGUCAUUAUCUGAGAGUCACCCCUGUUGACCGAUCACUUGGUUUUCCAUACAGAAAAAAUCAAAACUAUAUUGCGUAUACCCACACAGCCACAACUUAAGAGGAUGUCAUCGAUUUGGCUGGGAGGGACAGAGCAUCAAGGGAUUCAUCGCUAGCAGCAGCCACAGUAGUGAUAUCAGGAAGGACCAUAGACGGUGGUGACAGCAGUGCCCGAUUGAGACUGCUCGCGACCAGCCGACCAAGUGCCUCUGUAACAAAUUUUCCGAUCUUGCGGACGGGGACGGCGGACCUGGAGCUUUCCUUUUCAGUGACGGUGGCCAGCGGAGUGAUGACGCCAAACUUAUUGUGGCGGAGCCGCGAAGGGGAAACCGGAAAGAUGAGUCCAGGCAGCCUGCGAGGCGAGUGGAGGACUGGCAACCUUUACGUCUCUAUAGGCUCUGGUUUUGCGGCUUGCGAAAGGAGGAAGGAGGAGGAGGAGGAGGAGGAGAAAGUUUUUCCCCCCAAUUUUGGUGUCAAGGUACGGCUAGAAUAUACUUCGUACUGGGCAUAACAUACAUUAGUUUUUUUUAGUAUAUACUCGGUGUUUAAAAAAUCAUCUUUGGGUAUAGGUUAAUCUCAUCUUCAAACUCAAUGCUGAUAUGUUUGAUAGCUAUAUAUUUGUAAUAAUGUCCAUGAAGAGCUCAGUUAAUGCUUUUAAUUGUUUCAACGAGAUUACAAGUUUGACGAUGUGAAGUGUAACUUAGAGGUUUUCCAAAUAUAUUAUGUUUUGGACAUAUUAUUUCACACAUCCGGUUUUGAUUUUUACUCAAAAAAAAAAAUUAUUUUAAAGUUUUUUCAGAUAAAUUUUGUUUGGAUUGAUUCAAGUAAAUAUGCAAUCCAGAACGAAUACUCUUGGUAACCUAUUUUAUUAGUGUUGUGGACCAGUUUGAUGCCACAAUGGAGUUGGUCCAGAAUGAAGUAGCAGCUUCUUCAACAAAUUUCUUUCACACCGUUGUUUUCAUAUUGAAAAAUUAGUACUCCGUAUUUGUUUGUCUAAUUGUUGAAAUCUUGGGGUAUAGAGGUAAGGUGGUUCUAUAAUUUAUUUUCAGCUAUCACUCGCCUUUGUUAAAGUAGAAGAGAUCUUUUCGAUGUGUAUGUAAAACAUGUAGACAUAGUCAUAUCGCAGUUUAUAAGAUUUCUUAGCAUUUGUUUGAAUGAUGGCUUUGCUCUAUUAUAAGAUUGUUUUUUGUAUUUGUUUUUCCUAUCACUAGAUUUGUUGAAGUAAAAAAGUUGUUUUUAAUAUAUUGUUUAAACAUUUAGGUAUAAACAAUAGCAGGUGGCUAAAGGUGGGAAAUUAAAUGAGGUGAAAGUUUUUUAUGAGGUGAAUUGAUGUAUAAGGUGAAUUGAUAUAUAAAUAAUAAGUACUUGAGGUUGAAGUUACACUCUCCUGACUCCUAUCCGUGUUUUUUUAAACAUAAGAGGAUAUCAUUUCAUAAGCAUAUCAACAAAUUUUGAAGUAUCUCCAUCAUAUAGUGGGCUAAAAUGAGCAUUUUAUCAUCUUUUAGGUAAUUAAACAAAGUGCAAAUUACACUGAUGAUUUUGGGUUUCACUAAAGUAGCGAAAGAAUGUAACUUAUUUGAGGUGUUUGGGAAUAUUACGGUGGGAGUUUUUUUUUUUCAUGCAGUGGGAGUUUUUGAAAUUAGAAUAAGUUCAUCCUACAUGAAAAUAUUAACUCAUUACAGAAGUCUAAAUUUUAUCACAUGUUGGACUUUGCUAUAGCCUGACUUUAGGUACUACCGGUACCGGCCGGGUCGGGCUCUAUUUCCCCAAUCUCGGAACCGCUCCCAAAAAACCCCAGGCUGGUCCUAGGCCCGGAACCAGUUCACUGGGUAGGUCCAGUCCUGCACAGUGGCGGUGCGGUCCUGUUCCCGGGCCAGUCAGACCGGAACCGGGCCACCCCUAACUUUAGGCAUGGUCAAUUUUACAUUGCAGUGUCAAGAGGUAGAAAUAGUAAAUGUUUAAAAAUAUUGUUUGGUGAUGAGAAUGAUGAACAAAUUACAAAUGUUGUUUACAAAAAAAAUUCAAAAAGUGUAACUUGUUCGCUCAUUAUUAUAUUUAUAAUUUUUUUUAUUACAAGAGCAAUGUAAACAUUAAUUCCACCUCUUCCUAAUUAAUUUUUUUAAGUGUAUUAAAUCUAUUCUCUUCUCAUGAUGAAUUUUAUAUUGGAAGUGAUAAGAGUGAUAAACAAAUUACUAAUGUUGUUUAUAAAAGGAGUCUUUCAAAAGUUGUAGUUUGCUCGCUCAUUAUAAUAUUUCCUCUCUCUGUCCCUUAAUUGUCGCAGUUACUUUUUAUUGAUAGAUGAAGUAUGGUUUUUCCUAUUUUGAGAAUAAUGUAAACACUAACUCCUCUUAAUUAACUUAUUUAAAGUACACUAACUCUAUUCUGUUUACUCAUAUUUUUACUACGGAGUAUUAUAAAUGAAUAAUAUGAUAUCAUAUGAUACAUACGGACUUAAUAGAUCAGAGGAAGAGGGGUGAUGGGAAUGGGAGGGCGGCGCAGCGGCUGAAGACGCCCUCCUGCACUGUUCCUGCACUGGGCGUGAUUUGAAUGCAGAGAAAGGAAGAGGCCGAAUGUAGUGGGUAAGGAGCAACUGGUAAGAACGGGAAGGAACGCAUAAUGUUUCGAGCCCAAUGCAUAUACUCACUCCGCCUUUUCCCACACCGUUAACACUUAUACUUAUAUUGCCUGUUAUAUUUAGGCUCGGCUCCAAAGCACACCGUUUGUGGUCCUUCAAGUAGAUUUGUUAGUUAUUAAUUGACAAAGUAAGUAUGGAUGUUUAACAUCACAGAAGAUAGGAAUAUGAAUUAUCUAACUAUCUAAGAACAAAAAGAUUCUUAGAAAGUUAAUAUUCCUAUCUUUGUGAUGUUAACCUUUCAUUCUUUUUCUCCCACAAUUUUUUUUACAUAUUUAAAUGUUUGAACCAAUGAUACCUUGGUUUUUUUAUUAAUGUUUUUGAGGAGAUUUCCCAAAAUAGGACUAAAUAGAGUUUGGAAUUCCAAAAUAGAAACUACUAUGUUAAGUUUUUCUUCUCAAAAUAGCAAUAAGUUGUCAGUAUUUACUGUCAUCUUUAGUUAUGACUAUCAAAUAGUCGCAGUAUUAAGCAUUCAACAUGACAAUAUUUAUUAUAAUUAAUGACAGUAUUUUUCAAUAAUGAUAAUAACGACUCUUAUUUUGGAAAGAAAACAUAGUGAUCAUAUUUUUAAAUUUCCAAAGUUGUUACCUAUUUAGGGCAAUUUUCCCUUUUUAAAAAAGUAUUGAAUUAUUAAACCAAUGAUACCUUCAUUUUGUUUAAAGAACAUAUUUAGUCCCUCAAUUAUUGCCUAGGGGUGGGAUUUUGGAACCGGGAACCGUAGAACAGAUUGGAACCGAACCGUUAACAACAUCUAGGAACCGAAUCGCUAACAAUUAAUGUCUCUUUUGUAGGAACCGAACCGAAACGGGUUAUAACGGUUCGGUUCCCGGUUCCUAUAAAAAAUAUGUGCAUGGAACCGUUAAGGAACCGUUAUUAAAAAAAUAAAAUAAAAUAAAAUUAGUAGUAGUAGUAGUACUAAUAAUAAUAAUAAUAAUAAUAAUAAUAAUCACAAUAAUAAUAAUAAUAACAAUAAUAAUAACAAUAAAAAUAAUAAUAACAAUAACAAUAACAAUAACAAUAAUAAUAAUAAUAAUAAUAAUAAUAAUAAUAAUAAUAAUAAUAAUAAUAAUAAUAAUAAUUAUAAUAAUAAUAAUAAUAAUAAUAAUAAUAAUAAUAAUAAUAAUAAUAAUAAUAAUAAUAAUAAUAAUAAUAAUAAUAAUAAUAAUAAUAAUAAUAAUAAUAAUAAUAAUAAUAAUAAUAAUAAUAAUAAGGAAAUGGAGUCUAAAUAUAAUAUGAGUUGCAGGGAUAUUGCUCUUUGGAAAAGUAACAAGAUGAAGCAUGCUAUGGAUUUUCUGCUAGCUAUCCCUGCUGAAGGUCUAGGACAAACCAUUAGUCCUAGACAGUUUACUGCAAUCUUGGCAUACAGACUUGGCAUCCCCCUAUUUCAGCAUGGUGCUACUUGUUCUUGUUGCCUUGGUAGUAUGGAUGCCUGGGGGGAUCAUGCCCUUCAUUGCUCCAGUCAUAUUGGCCCCAAAUUCAGGCAUAAUUUGGUUAGGGAUACUGUGGCUGACAUUUGUUUCCGGGCUGGUAUUUCUCAUAAAAUUGAGGCUCCCUUGGGGUUCCUUACGCAGCAAGGGGGUGGGGCUAAACCUGCUGAUGUUCUUCUUUAUGGAUGGGAUAAGGGUGUUGAUGUUUGCUUGGAUGUUACUAUUGUUUCCCCUUUUGCAGGGGAUGUUAAUCUUGAACAUUUUAAAUCCGGUGCAGCCUUAACCAGAGCUAUUGAGAGGAAGAAGCAUAAAUAUGAAUAUAUUUGCAAAAGCAAUGGUCACAAUUUUGGUACCUUGGGCUUCACCACCUUGGGGGAACUCGGACCGGAAUCCAUUUUGUUUCUUAAACGUGUUAAGAGCCAUAUUGCUAGACAUGAUUCCACUUUAAGAGUUGGCAGUUUUCUUUUUAUUAGGAAUCGAUUAGCCAUUCAAAAAGGGGUUGGAGCUCAACUUGUUGCUAGGCUCCCCACUUGUUAUUUGUAAUCCUUCAACUUUUCUUAUCCUAAUAAAAUGCCUUUCCAUAAUAA